AUGUAUAAGAUUAUUGCUAAAAUUCUGGCUAACCGAAUUAAACCUCUUCUAAAUAAUUUUAUUUCUCCAUUUCAAGCGGCCUUUCUCUCUAAACGGCAAAUUUCUGAUAACAUCAUUAUUUCCCAAGAGAUAAUUCACUCCUUUAAGAAAAAGAAAGUGAAGCAUGCUGGAAUGGGUAUCAAAAUUGACAUGUCUAAAGCCUUUGAUAGGGUUGACUGGGAUUUUUUACUUUCUUCUAUGAGAGCUUUUGGAUUUGAUUCUAGAUUUUGUAAGCUAAUUUUCCAAUGUAUUUCUACUUCUUCUAUUGUUGUCCUUGUUAAUGGAAGUCCAUGGGAUUUCUUUAAACCAACUAGAGGUCUUAGGCAAGGAUAUCCUUUAUCUCCCUAUCUUUUUAUAAUUUGUAUGGAAAUUUUUUCUAGAAUGCUCCUAUCUAGUGAAGAGGAGAAAACUAUUCAUGGAGUACAAAUUACUUCAAAAAAUAGUCAUAUUUCUCAUCUUUUCUUUGCUGAUGAUUGCCUUCUUUUUAUUAGGGCUGAUCUUAAAAAGUGUAGUAAUAUCUUAGCCUUAAUUGAUAACUUUAGUAAAGCCUCAGGUCAGUUAAUUAACUUCGGAAAUUCUGGAGUAUUUUUCAGUAAAAAUGUCCAGCCUAAGCAUCAAAGGAUGAUUUGUAGGCUGUUAAAGAUUAAAAAAAUUGACCCUAAGGAUACUUAUCUAGGAACACCUCUUUUCAUUAGUAGAGAUAAAAUUCAACUUUUUGAAAAAAUUGUAGAAAAUAUCGAGCAAAAGAUUCAAGGUUGGAUUGGUAAAACCUUAGCUCAAGCUAGUAAAUUGGUUCUGAAUAAGGCAUUUUUAGCUAAACCUAAAGUCCUUUGGGUGUCUCAAUUAAAUCCUAGAUACUUUAGAAAAACUUCGGUAUUUAAAGCUAAAGUUCCAACCUCUAGCUCUUGGAUAUGGAAAUGCAUCAGUAAAGGUUUACAUCUAGUGGAACAAAAUAGCAUUUGGGAAAUAGGAGAUGGAGCUAGUGUAAAUAUUUGGGAUGAUAAAUGGGUACCACAGUUGGAAAGAAACCUUAGUAGUUACAAAAUUGAUACUAAUUCUAAUUUAACACUUGUGAAGGAUCUUUUAGACCCAUUGACACUGAAGUGGAAUCAUACCAUCAUAGUUGGUAUAUUUCCUGAUAAUAUAGUUAGGAAAAUUUGUAACAUCGGAAUAGUUAUUGGCAAACCUGACAAGCUUAGAUGGCUUAUUACUAAUUCAGGUAUUUUUUCUGUCAAGUCCAUGUACAAUAAACUCAAUGGAAGAACAGAAAAUCUUCAUAACUUAGGACAACCUGAUUACUUUUGGUCUCAUCUCUGGAAGCUUAAUGUAUCUCAAAGAAUUAAAAAUUUUGGGUGGAAAUUUUUAAAAGAUGCUAUUUCAACUAAUUCGAAGCUAGCUAGAUUUAUGCCUAAUAUCCAUCCUAGCUGCCCAUUUGGAUGUAAGGAAAACGAAACUCUAGAACAUCUUCUGUUUUUCUGUCCAUUUGCUCUAGCGGUUUGGGAAAUUGCACUUUCACCUAGAACGAGUACCCAAUUAGGAAUAGAAAUCAAUCGGUAUCUAGAAUUCUGGAGGAAUGACAGAGGUGUAUUAAGACGGGACAUAGUCAAACCAGUAGAACCACCUAAAUGGAUUUUCCCAAAAAAAUCUCAGUUUAAACUUAAUAUAGAUGCGACUUGGAUUUCAAGUUCAUUACCAGCAGGUUUUUCUAUAAUAUUAAGAAAUGAUACGGGUGAUUUUAAACAAGGAAGAGCAGGUCCUAUCUCAGCAACUUCCCCUGAAGAAGCGGAAGCCUUAGGUUUGUGGCAUGGAGCAAGAUGGGCACUGGACAACGAAUGGGCAAAUUUCAGCGUGGAAGGUGACUGUCAGAAGAUGUUUGACUACCUGAAUGGGAAAUCAUCUCAAAUAGAAUGGAAAAAUCAAUUGCUCAUGGAUGAAGCUAAGAUAUGCUUCGACAAAUGCAAAAAAAAAUGGGUUUUUUUAAUAUUCCUAGAUUGGCAAAUCAGGUGGCUGACACUCUAG